AUGAGUCACUCCCGUUUCUACCGUCUCGUUGUUGGAUCAACGUUGUGUGUGGGUCCCACUAUUUGCUUUCACAGACUAUCUUCAUCGUCCAGUCUGGUAAGGAAUGAGGUAAUAUCGGCGAUCGAAAGAUGGGCUGACCAGCUUGAUUAUGUUCUGGUGGACACCCCUGGUCAAAUUGAAGUAUUUACUUGGUCAGCUUCUGGAGCAAUUAUCACCGAGGCCUUUGCUUCCACAUUUCCCACGAUAAUUGCUUAUGUUGUGGACACACCUCGCGCUGCAAAUCCAGUAACUUUCAUGAGCAAUAUGCUGUAUGCUUGUAGCAUACUUUACAAGACAAGGUUACCUUUAGUCCUAACAUUUAACAAGGUUGAUGUAGCCAGACAUGAGUUUGCUCUGGAGUGGAUGCAAGAUUUUGAGGCAUUUCAGGCAGCACUAGACACCUAUUCAUCAUACACGUCAACUUUAUCGAGGAGUCUCUCACUAGCACUUGAUGAAUUCUAUAAAAAUACAUGUUCCGUGGGAGUUUCAGCAGUUUCUGGUGCUGGAAUGGAAGCCUUUUUUGGUGCAGUAGAAGCAAGUGCAAAAGAGUAUAUGGAGAACUACAAAGCUGAUCUUGACAAACGAAGAGCUGAGAAGGAGCGUCUAGAAGCAUACUGCAGGAGCGAGAACAUGGAGAGAUUGCAGAGAGACAUGGAAUCAUCUCAAGGACAGACAGCGGUGCUGAGCACUGGCUUAAAGGACAAGGACUAUCCUGAAAUGGAUGAGAAUAACGAGGAAGAGGAAGAAGAUGCAAUGGAGGAUCUGAGGUUCUCAGAGGAGGAAACCGAGGAAGAUGAAGAGGUUGCUCACUUUGGUUUCUGAGUAAUAUGUACUGUUUGCUAAUGUCCACUUCUUAAAAAGCUUACUGUAAAUAGGGGCUACUUUAUUAUGCCAUCUCUAGCUAGCCUACUUCUCUCUGGAUGUCGGAGCUCUUGUCCAAUUUUAUAGUACCAUUUGUAACAUGCAAAGUUGUAAACAUGGUGUAUACAAUCUUUUAUCUUGCAUGCAUGCUACUUAUCCAAAAUCUAAUGUUUUCUUGGCAGGAUCA